CUGAGGGCGGCGGGGCUGAGGGCGGCGGGGCUGAGGGCGGCCGGGCUGAGGGCGGCCGCGGGGCCGGGAUGUCGCAGGCGCCGCCGCCGGGCGCGGGUCGCCUCAACGACCUGCCCGACCACUCGCCGCUGGUGCGCGGCGCCGUCGCCGAGCUGCGGCGGCGGGCGGAGGCAGAGCCCGGCCAGCGCUGGCCGCAGCCCCUCGCCGACUCCUUCCUGGUGAGGUUCCUGCGCGCCCGAGACUUCCACCUGGACCUGGCCUGGAGGUUAUUGAAGAAUUACCAGAAGUGGAGAAUUGAAUGCCCAGAAAUAAGUGCAGAUCUACAACCUUCUUCUGUUCUUGGUCUUUUGCAUGCUGGCUAUCAUGGAAUCCUGAGAUCAAGAGACCCACAUGGAAGCAAAGUUCUAAUAUACAGAAUUGGACAAUGGGAUCCCAAGUUAUUUACAGCAUAUGAUGUGUUUCGUGUAAGUCUCAUCACAUCUGAACUCAUUGUAAAGGAGAUUGAGACUCAGCGGAAUGGAGUCAAGGCUAUCUUUGAUCUUCAAGGGUGGCGAUUUGCUCAUGCAUUUCAAAUCAGUCCGGCAGUGGCCAAGAAAAUUGCUGCUGUGCUCACAGAUUCCUUUCCACUAAAAGUUCGAGGUAUCCACUUGAUUAAUGAGCCUUUAUUCUUCCACCCAGUCUUCACUCUAAUUAAGCCUUUUCUCACUGAAAAAAUAAAGGAACGGGUGUAUAUGCAUGGAAAUAACUAUAUGCAGAGUCUGACCGAACACUUCCCUGUCAGCAUUCUCCCACAGGAAUACGGCGGGGAGGAAGUCUCCAUUGAAGAGCUGGCCAAGGAAUGGACUGACUUUAUAAUGGCAUCUGCAGAUUAUCUUCAGAGCAUUUCUCUGGUUUCCCAGGAAUAACCUUAUUACAGUAUUAUAUCGGUUCUUGAAAACUGGAAGUGGAAAUAAGUUUAAUAUGAAAUCUUUCAUGUAAACUUGAAAUUAUUGUAAAUGAAACCAGUAUGUCUUUGCAGGGCACUGAGUAUUAUAUUGACUGCACUUUUAUAGCAACUGGAGUCUAUCAACGUGUACAUCUAAGGAGAUUAAUGAAUUCUACGUAUUUGCAAUACAGUUUGCAAUUGAUUAACCUGUAUGCCAGAAAGCUGAAUAGUACAUUGGAUAUCAAAGACUGAUACUGUUGGAGACGGUAAUAAUGCAGUCCAGAACGUUAUGCUUAGCUCUUGUAUCUUCAAGGCCAGGCUGGACGGGGCUUGGAGCAACCUGGCCUAGUGGAAGGUGUCCCUGCCCACGGCAGGGCGGUUGAAACUGGAUGGUCUUUAAGGUCCCUUCCAACCCAAACCAUUCUGUGAUCUUAGCUUAUCAAGAUAAUAGGAUACAAAAAAGAACAGAAGGUGAAUGGGGUAGACUAGUUCGUUGUGAAGCAUGGCUGCAGGGCUAAUUUACGAAGAGUGGAGAGAGGCUGCUUUUUUGAUUGAUUCUCAGGGAAAAAGGGCUGUUUUUUUAGUUUGUGUCAAAGUGAAAAUUAGGUAACCAUAGUGAGACAUUUGUAUUAAUCUUUGUGCUGCUUGUGCAGCUUCCAUUUUUGUGGUCUUUAACACAAUAAUCUCUCAGUUUUAUAGAGGAAGAUGGGAAAAUACCAUGUAACUGUUCUUCAAAGCUAUGAAUCAGGAGGAGGAACUGGUAAAGAGACAAAACAACCUUGAAAAUUCUAAUUUUCUUUUUUCAAAGAGAUACUGUCCAUGGGCAAGCUAUAAGCAACUCAGAUUAUGAUCACCUUUAAUUCCUACUGUAGAGAACUACAGAGGUCAAGAGCUCUUGGAUGCUUGCAGUAUCUGUUUGUUUUGGAGGGUGAAGUAAUUUAUCCUUUGUGGAUCUGAACUUUAGAAAUAUCUGUUGUGUGGUUUAAGGGUGCUUAUGGGUCACUUUGGACCUCUGUGUAGGAGAUGCUGGAUAUUUUAAUUUUAUUUUCAGAAAAGUAAUUGUAGUUCACCAUUCUAUGUCUUCUGUUGGGCACAGGAAGAAAUUAUUUUUAAUUUCCGUUGAACUCUCUUCUUUAUUUCUGUAGGGGUAAUGAAAAAAAAAAAUCUGUCAAUACAUAUUGAAAAUGGAUUUUUUUUUUUUUAAGGGACAUGAUUCAGAUGUGAAUACUGCGUGUAAAAGCUAUCGCUCCUAUUACAUAGCAAUAUCAACCUGCAAUCUCCAGUAUUUAAUAAUCUAAAAUGCUAUUUUACUUUUCACUUAUAUUUUUUUCUGUUAUUACACCAACUACUAGUGUUCAUUUACCCAGGUUUUAACUCUGUUUUGUAAUAAACCAGGGGGUCUUUGCAUAAGCACUAUAUGUUUAAGCAUUCCAUAUGGAUCUUUGUAUAAAUGAAUCUAUAACAAAUGCUUUGUUUCUCAGGUAGCUAGAAAUGCUAACUUCAGUUAUUUUGGAAUAUUUAGGACAUUGGGGUGUUAUAUUAAUAUAUGUUAGCGAGAGAAAUGAGACUAUCCUAUUAAAUCAGAAAUGUCUUAUUUUAGAUUAUUACUGCAUUAUUGCAAAAGCCAUUGGAAGCUAUUUGUUAUUUGCGAGAGGGCCAUCUAUGAAAGGCCCAUAGAGUACUUGGUUGUCAUUUCUUCUGCUGUGGUAAGGUCAAUGCCAGAUACAAAAUUCUUUCAAAACUGGCAAGGAUUUUUAAUUUUUUUUUUUUUCCUUCCAAUUCCCUAGUUUCCUCAAGUGCAUUUUUCAUUCUUCUCUUUCAAGAUAUUUUUGAUAUGGAGCCUACAUUUAAAUAAACACUUUUCAGAUACAUUUUCAUAUAUUCAUAUAUGAAUAUAUCUUUCUAAGAUUGAACUACUGUGUGAUAUAAAAGCUCCUUAAAAAGAGGAGUUCAGUGAAGUACUAAUUCUUCUUUAUAAGAAAAUAAACUAAGUAGUCAGGCAUCUGGCAGUUCUUCAAGUGUUUAACUCAAGUUCCAAAUCAUUUAUGAACUGGAGAACUGAAGCUAUUGUCUUAAUUUUAUGUUCCUUCAAUUUUAGUCCUUGAAUUUAAACCAUGUAAAGGAAUAAACUGUGUUUCAGUGAACUGGAAAAUUGAAACUUUCUCUAUGAAACCCAUCUCUAAUUGUUGCUGUUUUACGUAGCAGAGACUUCAGUUGGUUGUAGUUGGUUGGUUGUGUAUGUAUAUGCACGUGGACAAAAUGUAGCUGGCUUUUAAAAAUCUUGAUUUGGACCACAUCAGCUCUGUAAGUAAGCCCUAGAUGUCUUAAAAAAUAUCCUGAAUCUGUUAUUAAAUGGUAACGUGUAUGCGUAACAACAGUUAGAGCACUUAGUGCAGUUAUUUUUUCACAAACUGUUAAUUAUUUUUUAAUGUUUAUGUGUUAUAUAGAAGGUGGGAAUGCUAGGUAAGGGACAACUGCAGUUGCUGCUAAUAAGAAGCACACAAGGUAAUUUGAAGAUUUGCGUAAUGAAUAGAAGAGGGAUUGGUAUGAUUGGUGGUGGUAUGGCAGCUUUUUGCUCCAGGGUCAACAAAACAAAACAGUAAACAUCUCUAAGUGCAUUAUUCUUUAAGAGUAUCAGGAGUGCCUCUCAAAAAAAAAAAACCUCUGCUGUUCAAUGAUGCUGCAAAUACAACUUACUACUGACUAUAAGCACAAUGUAAUGCACAAUUUUUAAAUUUUUUACGUGUCGGCAUCAUCAUCAUCAUAUUAAUAAACCUUUUCUAGUUGCACCA